AUGAGUGCAUCAACUACAAGUAACAGUAAUACAACUGAAGCAUCAUCUAUGAUACCUGAAGAUGAAGAUCUGAAAAUGUUUCAAGCAGCAAGAAGAACUGGUCGACGAAAUGCUCUUGGUGAUCUGAGUGAACAAUUGACAAAAGUCGAUCGUGGUAUGUCAUCGUCAGAAGCUGAUAAAAUGGCACCUCAUUUCCAGUCAAUGUCAAUUAAACAUUAA